AUGGCUAGCUUCUUCCACAAGAUCAUCGGUGGCGGCACGGGCUCUGCGAACCCGGCCGCCAAGGACGCUGCCCCCAAGAAGAGGGAUGACAGCCAAUCCAGCGAACUGACUCCGCUCGAGAAGAUGCUCCAGAAUGCCGGUCCGCUUCGUCAGGAUGGGAGCGACCGCUUCUACGGUUUCGAGAAUCAGAAGAACGGUACCGGCGUGGCCCAUGGCACGAGGCAGAGGCAGGGCCUCGGCAUCGGAGGAGGACAGAGCAGCUCCGCCCCUGGCGCUGUCCGUCCCGACGAGAAACCCGACACCCCGGAGUACAAGAAGAAGCAGGCUAUGCUCAAGGGCCCGAUCCUCGAGCUCGCCCAGCAGCGCGCCGAAGCCUACGGCAUGGACGAGUGCACCUUUACCGGCCUCAAGGACAUCUUCCUCGCCCUCAUCGAGAGCCAGAGCCGCACCGGCGUCCUGAGCCCCCAGCGAUUCCUCGAGAUAUUCAAGAAGGACAAUGAGCUGUUUCGCAAUUCCAUGCACCAGGACGCCCACGAGUUCUACGGUCUCGUCCUCAACGACGUCAUCGCCAACGUCGAGGAGAACGCCCGCAAGGUCCAGGCGACGCAGGCGGCAGCGCUCGAGGACGACGGCAGAGGCCUGUCCGAGUCGGUGGGCAACGCGCUGGGACAGUCGAACCACGUGAACGGCGCCGCGAGGCCGCCAGGUACCGGCUGGGUGCACGACAUAUUCGAGGGUCUCCUGACGUCGGAGACGCAGUGCCUGUCGUGCGGGACGGCGUCCCGGCGUGACGAGACGUUCCUCGACCUGUCGAUCGACCUGGAGGAGCACUCGUCGGUGACGUCGUGCCUGCGCAAGUUCUCGGACGACGAGAUGCUCUGCGAGCGCAACAAGUUCCACUGCGACGCGUGCGGCGGCCUGCAGGAGGCGGAGAAGCGCAUGAAGGUGAAGCGGCUACCCAAGGUGCUGACGCUGCACCUCAAGCGCUUCAAGUACACCGAGGACUACAGCCGGCUGCAGAAGCUGUUCCACCGCGUCGUGUACCCGUACCACCUGCGCAUGUUCAACACGACGGACGAGGCCGAGGACCCGGAUCGGCUGUACGAGCUGUACGCCGUCGUCGUCCACAUCGGCGGCAACGCCUACCACGGGCACUACGUGUCCAUAGUCAAGACCAAGGACCGCGGCUGGGUCCUGUUUGACGACGAGAUGGUGGAGCCCGUCGACAAGCACUUUGUGCGCAACUUCUUCGGAGACAAGCCCGGCAUGGCCACGGCUUACGUCCUAUUCUAUCAGGAGACGACGUUCGAAAAGGUCAGGGAGGAGCACGUCAGGGAAGGCAUGGAGGAGGUGAAGCUGGCCAACGAGGCGGCCGACCUGGCUACCGGGGACGACGACAGGCACGACAAGCCCCACCCGCAGCCGCGGCCGGCACAGCCCGUCAGCACCAACGGCAGCAGGGACAGCCACGACAUGGCGGAACCGAGCCCGGCGCAUGCCAAGGUCUCGAUAGACCUGGCACCGCCGGCAACGGCACCGAACCACGGCGCCCUGGCAGCGUCACCGUCAUCCGGGACGAUCGUCGAGGAGCCGGAGCAGCAGCAGCAGCAGCAGCAGCAGCAGCAGCCGCAGCCGCCCAAGGCCGAGGCGAUCAAGCCCACGACGUCGACGAAGGAGGGCAGGAAACGUGAGAAGAAGGAACGCGAGGCAGCCGAAAAAGCAGAGAAGCAGGCGGAGAAGGAGCGCAGAGAACGGGCCAAGCAGGAUGAGAGACGGCGGCAGGAAGAUCGCCUGAAGCACCUGGCAGCACGGCGCAACGAGGAGGACGAACUUCAAAAGGCCAUGGCGGCCAGCAAGAGGUCGGCGGCCAAGGAGGAGACGUCCCGGAGCAGCAGCAGCAACAACAAAGAGUCCGGCCACGGAAGCGGCAACGGCAACGGCAACGGCAACGGCAACGGCAACGGCAACGGUGCAGGGGCAGGAAGCGACUCGAGCAGCAGCCCCUUUGGAUUCCUGGACCGGUCAAAACGCGGGUCCAAGUCGAUGGCCAGGAGGAGCGUCAGCUUCCUCAAGAGGGACAGAGGCGCGAGCAGUAAUGGGGAAGCACCACCGCCGCUACCGGAGACGCCGACAACGACAACGACCGAGGCGGCAUCUGCAUCCACGAGCAACGGGGUGCCGCCGGAGAGCAAUGGCGGCCAGGGUAGAUGGAGGGGGUUGAGCACGACUACCGGGAGGAAGAAGAGCACGAACAUCCUGGCCUAG